AUAUAUAUAUAUGAUUGUAGAAAAGUAACAACAACAAAAAGUAUGCAAACUGAAUGUUUAACAAGUGCCAGUUCUCGUCAAAGAAAAAGAAAAGGUCACCCACGAAGAUGUAUAAUAGAAACAAAAGUUAAUUUGCUAAAUUGUGAAUUUUGCGAACGUCUUUUCAAAUCGAAGCAAGGCUUGGUAAUCCAUAUUAAAUGCAUCCAUGGACUACCAAGUAUCCAACCAGUUAAGGACGAUGUUAUAAAAUCAGUUAAUGUGAGCAAAUUAAUUAAGCUAGAGAAAGAGGAAGCCAGUACGAUUGAUACAUUGACAAGUAAAAGAAAACCAGGUGACAAACGUGAAUCGGGUAAUUUGAACAUCUUAAUUAAGCAGGAGAUUGAGGAAACCAGUGAGAACGAAACUUUAGAAAGUAUGCGAAAAUCUGAUGGCAGACGCGGUAGAGACAGACGCGCAAAAUAUUCUGUAAAAACCAAAGCUGACGUUGUGAAAGAAUGCGAGGCUGGCAAAUCACAUGAGUUUUUAGCAAGAAAAUAUGGAAUAAAUAGAUGUCUGGUUUCCAAGUGGUUCAAAGAUAAAGAGAAAAUAAAAAAGAUUGCUUCAUCUGGAUAUGACAAGAACUUCAAAAUAAAAGCAAGUCGGCGACCAUUAAAAAAUAAAGAACCAUCGAAAGGCAGGCGUGGUAGCGCUAAACGCGCCAAAUAUUCUCUAAAGACCAAAGCUGCCAUUGUAAAUGAAUACGAGGCUGGCGCAUCCCAAGAAUUUUUAGCAAGAAAAUACGAUAUUAAUAGUUCUGUGAUUUCAAAAUGGGUUAAAGAUAAAGAAAUUAUAAAAAAAGUUGCUACUCCUGAGUACGAAAAAUAUUUCAAGAUUCAUCCAUCAAAGAAAGGAAAAGGAGAUAUAAUAAUUUCCCUGACCCAGAUUGAGGAAAAGAUACAAGAUCUUUCACCUGAAAACCAACGAGACGGUAUUUCAUCUGAAAACCAACCAGACAUUAAUUCACCUAAAAAACAACCAAACAGUAUUUUAUCUAAAAAACAACCAGACAGUAUUUCACCUGAAAACCAACGAGACAGUAUUAUACCUAAAAAACAACUAGACAGUAUUUCAUCUAAAAAACAACUAGACAGUAUUUCACCUGAAAACCGGCGAGGCGUUAUUUCACCUAAAAACCAACGAGUCGGUCCUUUACCUGAAAGCCAACGAGACGGUAUUUCACCUGAAAAACAACCAUACAGUUUUUCACCUGAAAACCAACGAAACGGUCUUUUACCUGAAAACCAACGAAACGGUCUUUUACCUGAAAAUCAACGAGACAGUCCUUUACCUGAAAACCGACAAGACGGUAUUUCACUUAAAAACCAACCAGACGGUCUUUUACCUGAAAACCAACGACACGGUCCUUUACUUGAAAACCAACAAGACGGUCUUUUACCUGAAAACCAACGAGACGGGUCUUUACCUGAAAACCGACGAGACGGUAUUUCACUUGAAAAACCAGAUAGUAUUUCACCUGAAAACAAACGAGAUAACAUUUUACCUGAAAACCAACGAGACGUUAUUUCACCUGAGAACCGACGAGACGGUCCUUUACCUGAAAAACUUUGGGACGGUAUUUCACCUGAAAGACGUCGAGAUGGUAUUUCACCUGAAAACAAGCGAGAUAAUAUUUUACCUGAAAACCAGCGUGAUAAAACAGCGGACACUUGAGUCCAAACUUGAAUAUACAGCUGGUUAACCGAUUUCAUAGAACGCUUCUCUCUUAACCGUUUAUAUCUUUUUCCGCAAAAUACAAAGAUGAAGUGCAUUUCGAGCUUGCAACACUGUGCAUGUGAUAAGUCUUGUGUUUUUGAAGAAACAACUGUAGUUUCUGUAUGAGCUAUCUUCAUACCUCAUGCAGGUCACCAUAAAUAAACAUAUUUUGAUAUUUAUACAUUUUACAAUCAGUUAAGCAUCUUGUUUAUUAAUUUAUAAAUUUAUAAUUAAUUUUCUAAUCAUUAGGGAUAAUUCGCAAAUCGAAAAGUGUACGCGAAAUGUCAAUUUAACGUUAGCUAAAUACUUUUUUACCAUGAAACGUGAAACUUUGUGGCACAGUCCUGCACCGGGGGCGCUAGAAAAAGAUUCAAGAUGAAUGAACCAAAACAAACAUAAAGUUGCUUAAUUUUUUUCUCUCUAAAUUUGCAGUAGCGAAAUAAUGCUGCAGAACAAAACAACACGUGUCCACUAUAUAUCAUGUCGUCUGUAUAAAUUUUCAAUGGAAAAAUAUACUGAACGAAGAAAUUACAAUUUAAUUUUGAUGCAUUUUUUUCGUUUUUUUUUAUUUUGAAUUUAUAUUUUAGGUUACUAAGCUAGAAGAUCUAUUUUAUAUGAUUUGUAGAAGCGAGUGUUUAUACAUAACACGUGUCCACUGUAUAAAUUUUCAACAGAAAAAAAUAACGUACGAACAAGAUACGAUUUGA